AUGGAUAGCUUACUUUGCUGGAAUGUUAGAGGGCUGAACAGAAGAGAUAAACAAGGGGAGGUGAGGAGAUUUAUUGCUUCUCAUCACAUCAAAUUGUUCAGCCUUCUUGAAACUAGGGUGAAAGCCCCUAGAAUGGGAGAUAUGUAUCUCAAUGUUUGUCCUACCUGGUGUUUCUCUACCAAUCUCAGUUGCCAUCAAAAUGGUAGAAUAGUUAUUGCUUGGGAUCAUGAUGCCUUUGUGGUUGAUAUUGUGUUGGUGCACACUCAAUUUAUCCAUUGUUUUGUUACACCUAGAGGAACUAGGACUGGGUUCCAUUGUACUUUUGUCUAUGGUCUGCAUGACAAAACCACCAGAGAACCUCUAUGGGACUCUCUUAAAGCUAUUGCUGAUAAAUGCAGUGAGGCCUGGAUCAUUAUGGGGGAUUUCAAUGCUCUCAUGGAUCUUGAUGAUAGAAUUGGCUCUUCAGUUAGAAUGUCUGAAAUACAGCCUAUGAGAAGCUGUAUGCACUACUGUCAGCUGAAUGAAGUCAAAACAAUGGGAAGAUUCUAUACUUGGAACAAUAAACAAGAUGGUGCAGAUAGAGUGUUUUCCAGAAUUGAUAGAGUGUUGGCUAACACUAAAUGGGGAGACAGGUUUGAGCUAGCUGAAGCAACCUUCCUACCUGAAGGUGAUUUUGACCAUUGCCCUAUGGUCCUCAACUGUUACCAAAACUCUCCACAUAAAAGGCCUUUUAGAUUUUUCAAUAUGUGGACAUCCUCCCCUAGAUUCAAUGCCAUAGUGGACACAAAUUGGGGAAAGUAUGUCUAUGGUUGCCCCAUGUAUAGAGUGUUACAGAAACAAAAAUGGAUUAAGGCUGAUCUUAAGGGCCUUAAUAGGGAGGGAUAUAGUGAUGUGGAAACUGAACACCACAGAUGCCAUAAGUUAUUGAUUGAGACCCAAAAUGUUCUUCAUGCUAAUCCUGGGAACCAUGCUCUUGCUGCACAUGAGAAACCUAUUGCUGCUGAAUAUAGGAAAGCUAAAGAUAACUACCUUUCCUACUUGAAACAAACUGCUAAAGUUCACUGGCUUCAGAAUGGUGAUGAAAACACCAAAGCAUUUCACCAAAGUAUUAGACAGAGGAGAAAACAUUGA